ACACGCAGACCAUACUUGGCAACUAUUUGCGAAAGGGCGAGUGAGCGUCAGACUCGCAGAAACUCAGAGCGCGUGAGAGCGUGAGAGAGAGAGAGAGAGAGUAUGUGAGACAGAGACGAGCAGACGUAGAAGGGUGAGAGAGCGAUAGAGAGCGAAGUCGGGAUCUCGGCUUUCAAUUCUGGAAAUUGGGCUCGAAUGCGGAGAGUUGCGGUGCACUUUGUGUGACUAUAGGCGAUAGCGAGCGAGAGGAUAUCUGGACCCUUUGAUUAGAAGAAGGAUCCCGGAGACAGCAUUCUGAGCGCAGACGGGCCACUCGAGCUCGAACCGAACGCACAAGCAAAGCUCUGGUUGGCUUGCAGGCCAUGUCUUUGAGUCGCGAGGCUUACGACCAGGAGUUGCUGUGCUGCACAUUCGAGACAAUGGCUGGAACCCGCGUGUAGCUACCAGGCCCCCACCUCUCGCCGGAAUUUGUUAUCUGCGAACAGUUGCACUACGUGUUCCCUAAGGUAGAAGAGGUCUCUGGGCAAUUUUCCUCUCGAGCCCGGAAGCACAAUGCUGCAGGGGUAAUGAGAAUUCCUACAUGUGAAACGGGUUUGGUUUCGUUCUCGACUUGGGUACUGUCUGCAGAUAGCGAGGACUACUUCACCUGACCGCUCUGUCAACUCAAGUCCAGACCAGCAGGAGCCUGUACGACUGUAUCAGAGCACAUUUGGCCGAUUAGCUCAACAGAUCAGAGGAGUCAAGUGGGCACCCAUUGCAGUCCAGCAAUCAUGUCUGUGUUGGUGGCUGCGCUAGCUCGCACCAAGAAUUUCGCCACUUCGGGUACCAAAUCCGAGUCGAAGUCGAGCAAAUCCGAGAAAUCAAGCAAAUCUCAGUCCUCCAAAGAAGUCGCUGCUGCAGUGCCCGAGCCUGAGGCUGCUGCCGCCGUCAUUGCGGAAGAGGAAAAGGAUAGCUACCCGGAGGAGCUCACUUACCCCACCGAGCUUGUCAGGCAGUUCAGCAAACACUCUGUGUGUGAUUCGGAGGAUGACGAAUCAGAGUCCGCUCAAGUAGUGGAUGAAUAUGCGCUGGGUUUGGGACCCAUUGUGCCACUAAAGGAGCAGUUGGAGCGAGACAAGGAGGACGAGAGCUUGAGGCGCUGGAAGGAGCAACUUCUGGGCCAAGUUAGUUUGGCGGGAGACGAAGCCGUGGAACCUGAAGUCAGAUUCCUGACGCUGGGAAUGACCUCGCCCGGGAGACCGGACAUCUCAAUCCCCCUCCCUCUCCAGAAGAAUUCCAGAGGAGUCACGUUCACUCUCAAGGAAGGUGCUUUGUACAGGCUGCAAUUCACUUUCAACGUUCUCCACAACAUUGUUUCGGGCCUGAGAUAUGUCCACACCGUCUGGAAGGGCGUAGUCCAAGUGGAUCACACCAAGAUUAUGCUUGGAACAUUCAGCCCGCAAAUCGAGCCUUACACCCAAAUAAUGGAGGAGGAGACUACCCCAGCGGGUGUGUUGGCCCGCGGUGCGUACACCGCAAAGACGAAGUUCGUAGACGACGACGAGAGGUGUUACUUGGAGAUCGAUUACUCGUUCGAAAUUCGCAAAGAUUGGAGCGGUCACCAAAGGAAGUGGAGUUUAGGAGCAUUUUAAGUGCGAAUGCAACGACAUUGGUUAUGGCUUACGACAUUUUUGUGCAAACGACGGCAACAGCUCUCCAUGGCUUUUGUCUUCAUCAUCCAGUUCGGCAAACUCGAGUUUGCUUAGCACCUUCAAAGCAAGAUGUGAUCCGCACAGGAUGUGUCAAGAACUGCUACUCCCAUUAGAACGUAUAGCGUCUCAGGAUGACGAACUUUCGACCUUCAUCAGUCUAUCAUAUGGUGUGCAUAUCAGCAAAGUAAGCUAUGAAUGGUGGAUGACAAGGUGGAGAGCUUGGUGAACUGCCCUUCGUCACGAUCACCACCAGAUUUAGGAGAAGUAUAAUUUGGAAAUUGAUAGUGCAAAAACAUAUUUCUCAUAGUCCAGAGCUAGUUGUGGGACAUGUAGAAAGUCGUCGGCAGCGGCUUGGUUAGUCUGGCUAUGUCUUGGAUGGGUUGCCUCCGUACAGGAAGCACCGAACUCUACAUCCUUCAAACCUGACUGACAACAGAUCGAUCGCCUUCCCUGCUAGCGAAUGGGGACUGGCAAAGAUGAAGAAGUGUAGAGGUUUAGAAGAUUAGUGAUGAUGACGUGUUUCGUAGAAGAAAAUAUUGUAAAAACGGAAGUUUCAUGC